AGAGCCAGAGGCCCCCCACUGCUUCCGGGUCUACGAAUUACAACUACUUCACGUCAUUUUUAUAUAAGUUGCGAUUAGGCAAUAUCAAUUUCUUGGACCUACUUACCAAUGUAUUUUGCCUGCCUGUACUUCUGUGCCCCUAUUCUAUUCAGUAUCGCAUACUAGCUCAACGUGACAACUUCAACUACCCUUACCAUUUUUCCUUUUGGUUUUGUCGAUGUCGUGCCGCAAAACUACUAGUAUCGUCUGCCUCUAACGGAAGCGAAGGAAGAACCAAACACAUUCACACGACUUUGAUGUCAUCUUCUACAUACAACUCAUAGACACCAAACUGAUUCUGCUGCUCUCAUCAGCCAUGUCCUCUUCUGCCUCGAGCACCGCGGCCGGAGGCACUUCGAGCUCCUCAAGUUCUUCCUCCACUGCAACUAGCGAGAUGAACACAGCGGCCAAUCUCGAUGCGAAGUUGAAAACGGAGCUCACCGCUCUUAUUAAAAAACACCCGGACUGGACGCCCGCGGAGUACCGGGCGAGUUUGGUCAAGGAAAACAAGUCCUUCGAGUCGUUCACGAAACUACAGAUCAAGAACCUGACGAAAAUAUGCCACGAAAAAACUGUUCACUGUGAUGGUUUUGCAAAAUCCGCAUCACAAGUUUGCUACACAUGACACAGAAAAUUUGCCAUGCGCGCUUUCCAAGGGAAAACACGCUAAAAAAUCCAAUGCCUUGCAGGUGUAGCAAGACAAAUAGUCAUGUGCUCCACUCUUUGCAUCACAAGUUCACAGUGAAACAGUUUUUUCUUGCGAUAGAAAAGGUUGAAAGAGCAAAGCGGGUUGAAGCAGUCGAACGCGGUAGAAGAGGUGCGGCAUGGCGCGGAUGCGCAACGGAAAACGUUGCUGGAGCAAGCGAACAACAUGGAGGACGAUAACCUGGCAACCUUCAGCUUCGAUUUCGCGGGCGGGAGUAAGGGAAUCUUCGGCGGGGCGAACAACGUGAAAAACAAGGCGCAAAGCAACAAGCAACUGGCACGGCAUCUCCAAGACAAAGAUUGCGACAGUCCGCUGCGGCGGUGGGCGCACUUUAUCCGAAAUAAGAAGCGAAAACGGGAACUCACACCGGAGGCAAAGGAGCUCCAAAUCAAACAGGAGCAGUGCGAGUGGCUAAUCGACUGCUACCGCAUGCGGGUUCACGACGACAUGCAGUGGUGCGGGGGAAACAUGCGAGGGGCGUACAAUCCGGACAGUACGCCGGCUUCCAUCUGUGCGGACUUCCUGCUCUGGAUGAAACUGUGUGCGAGGCGGGAGGCGUUGCCGCUAAUGUUGGCCUCCGCAUCCAGUAAAAAAACCGACUUGAUGACCGACGAGGACGAACUCUUCGACUUCGAUUUUGCGUGCUGUUUGGAGAAAGCUGCGGACUUGCUUCCGCUCAGAUUCCAGAAAGAACACGCAAAGAGAAAGUAAAGUUUGUUUUAUCGUUAUUUUACUUCUUGAUUUUCAAUUUUACGUACCGCUGUACAGAGCUCCGGCUCAGGUAGCGCAGCCAGGAAGGGCAAGAAGAGGAGUCUUGCUUAGGACCUGGCAUUUCUAUAGCGCCUGUUCUGACGCAAGGAAGGGUAAGCAGAGGCGGCUUACUUCGGACCUUGUGGCUCAGCGGAGGUUGAGCGAAGCACUGCGGAGGCGGUAGUAGUGCAUCGUUCUGAAGCCAGUGGUGAUUGGGGGUCUCGACUCACUUUCCCUCGGGCAACUCCCCAGGUCGGUUGGUUCACCACUAAAACGGGCGGUGUUUCUCCAGACCUAGGUGGUGACCGGUUUAGACACCGAUCGCCAGCUACUUACAAGCAGGAAUAUAGAUAGUACGAUAGACAGUCACUCGCUCGCCUAAAGAAGCGAGCACACGAUUGAUUUUCAAUUUUACAUGUUCGUGGGAACGAGCAAGUUGGUUCGACUUUAUGGUGCAAGAACUACGCCAACAAUACACCCACGACACAGGUACGGUGAUGAAAACGUAUUCUCCACAACUAUCCCGUCGCUCCGGUUGCUCGCCGAAAAAGUUUACUCCGUUUCCAUCCAGUGGUUCAUUCAGGAGGGAGCAAAGUACGCCGGCGCAGUAAGAGAGUGCACAACUCGAACUCCCCCUCCCCCUCAUUUGUCAUGCAAAAUACCAUAGCCAAGCGUGUUUGCCUUUUGGCACGGUUUGCAUGACAAGUUCUGGCACCCGAAAUAGCACGUCGUGCUAUUUGUGCAAGUUUGUCAUGCAAAACCUGCAUUUCUGCUGACGCCUGUGUUGCUGUUCAUGCUACAGAACUGAGGGGGAGGGGGGGUUGUGCACUUUCAUACGCAGACACCGGACCCUACUACAAGGACGCGAUCCACGACUUUUCCUACAAACAGGGCUACCAAAAAGAAGUCACGGACCUGUUCGAACAAACCCGGGCGCAGGUGGCGUACCAUCUGCACGCGGGGGUGGAAAGUGUGAAAGUUGGCACCGGGAAUGGAAUGCUGUUGGAGGAGACCCACGCGAAUCUGAAAGACCCCGACGUGUUUUUCGAGGAGAUCGGCGGGGUGAAUUUGUGGCGGAAUUUUCUGGAAAGAAAACUGAAAAUCGGGUACCAGCUCCACCCCCGCCCGUUGAAGGUGAUCCCGGGACUGACCAAACGGCAGACCACGGUGAAGGUGUUCGGGUUGCAAGCGGGUCGCGUAUGCAUUGCAAAAGUAUCGUACUAGUAUGUAUUGCAUUACAAAUUUUCCCAAGAACAAAAAUGCGAUUUGUCAUGCUAUUUCAGGUAGAAAGUUGGAUUUGUCAUGCAUGUCUGCAAUUAGUACGAGUACGAUACUUUUGCACAGGAUAUCGCGCGGUGAUGUACAAUGGUGCGCUGGCGACGCUGCUGACGAACCGCGCCGCGCCGGACCAAGUAUGUGUUGCAAAAAUCACUGGGUCUGGAAGGAUGCAGCUUGUAAUGCUAAUUCUGGAUCGUGCAAAAAUCUGUGUUGCAUGAAUGCCAAAAGUUGCAUGAGUGCCAAGUAGUUGAGAGGAAGUUUCUCAUGCAGGAUAGGCAUGAUAGGGAUCUCACAGAAUCUGUCAUGCUAAGUAGGCCCUGCAUUCCAGACGACAUGGAUCAUGGAAAAUCUGCAUGACAAGCCUCGGAAUCUUCCAGACCCAGACAUAUUUGCAUGUCAUACCUAGCUCCCGUGGACGACGUGGACGACACCAGGGUUCAAGUGGCGUUGACGAACGGACAGACGAUUGCUGUGAAGGUUCGGAACCUCCGGCUUGCGGUCGACUCGGUCGAAGAGGACGGGAAAAACAGCAGCGGAUUCUGCGCCAUGCUGCGGUCGAACUUCGAGAUGAACAGUCGCAGCGUGGACUGCCAACGAUCGGCGAAGCAGGAGGUGGCGCGGCAACGGCAGCUGUUGGCGGAUCGGCAAGGGGUAGUUCGGGACGACAUUGAGGAGCAGGAAAUGACGCAGUACGCCGCGAAGCUGUACCGUGCCGCAUACGAGAAAUUUUACGAAGCGGGGGCGAGUGUCUGCGCGGUAGAUCUGAAGGAGUGGAAAAAGGAAAUCGAGCAGGUGAUGGAUGUCUGUGAGUGGAUUCUGUACGGACGAGGGGGUGGAGGAGGUGGACAAGGCACAGCAAGUAUUGCAGCCUGUUUACCGACCAACACGUUAUUGCCCAUGAUGUCCUCUGGAGGUAAUUGCUCCGAAGACGAGAAUGAUGUUGAACGUGGAAUAUUAACAUCAGCUAUACCGCGACGCAUAGACUUGGCCGUCUUGAACCGGCGCGUGCCGCAUAUUGUGAAAUUGGUAGAGGAGCUACAGGACCAAUGCAUUCACGGUUUAGAAAACGCGGAGGAGGAGCAGAAGCUCGAGGCAGCGCUGGAGGAACAGGAUGCAGAUGAACAAGUGCAGGACGAAGUUAGUAGAGAAGCGCCUUCCGAGGCGCCAAUAUUCGUCGAAUCUGAUCCAGUCGCCGAGCCGCGGCUGCAGCAGGAGGUUUUUGAGCAGGCUGCAAAUGUUGAGACAGGCGUGGACGAGGACACGACCCACACUGCAACUACUUCUACACCGGUUCUUGCUACAGCUUGUGCACCAGUAAGCGAACCGAUCAAAAUCCCCGUCACACCAAGCGAGACGAAGCAAAAGAAACCAACGACCACAGCAAGCAAGCAAGCCAAAGCGGCAACAUCAUCGGCAGCCCAUGGCCACGCCGGCGCAACAGCUACUAUCUGCCCCGACUGCGGCGAACAGCUCGCUCCGGGCACCAGUUUGAAAAAGCACUUGUCCCAGAAAUGCAAACUCCGGCUCGUGAAGUGUCCCAACCUGGGGUGCAAUGCGCACAAAAAACAAGUCCAGUUCCAAAAUCUCCAGCACCAUUUGAAUCAUGAAUGCGCCGGGCGGUCCGUCACUUGCGAAGUUUGCCAGUUACCCGGGAUUCGGUUUUCGGAACUUCAAUACCACCAAGAAAACACUUGCGAAAUGCGCAUCGUUUCCUGUCCGCAGCACCCUGCCGGGUGCGGUUGGCAGGGGCCGGUGCAGUACCUGCCACACCACGAGCAAAUUUGCCCGUACGCCCCCCACGACUGUCUCUGGUGUUUUGAGCGCAUGCCGCAAUGGCAGAUGGCCUCGCACAGAUGUCAAAAAGUUGAUGCGGAGGAGAAGGAGUGUAGUUUGUGCUACCGCAAGUAUUCGGACUUGCUGAAGGACGACAUCGUACCCGCGAUUUUAGUGUACGACAACAAGAAGUCCUGCUUGUGCAAAGACCCCGCGAUGCUGUGUACCGCCUGCGCGCAAACCUGGGUCACGCAAGGGGCCAAGAACAAAGCUGGAAAUCAACAGGGAAGAACCUCAAAUGCAGUAGCUGCAGCAGUCGCGAGUUCGUUUGCAGACCAAAUAAACGCUUCAUCACAAGAAACGGGCUUGAUUUUCGAAAACGGCAACUGCGUAGCCAAUUGCCCCUUCUGCCAACAAAAAUACAACGGCGUGUCCGGGUUGGCGAGGCACUUGGUUUGCUGCAAUAACACGGCUUCUUCGUAUAGUUCUGCAAGUGCACAAGCACAGGAAACAAGCAAGGAAAUCAAAGCUUCUUCGCACAACAAAGCAACAAUAUCUGUGAACAGCGCUUCUCCUUCUGCUUCAGCUAAAAAGAAGAAACAGAAGGGCGCCGCAGUACAGGUGAACAACAAAACCGGAACCGCUCCUGCAGCCGCCGACAGCACAACUAAACCGCUCCUCAUUGGUGCCCAAUCGGCGGCGGGGUCAUUUAUGAGCCAUGACGACUCAAGGAAUAAGCAGCAUUUUGUUCCGCCAACGCGUGAUCAAAAUGGUGGAGCUACACAAAAUCAGAAUGCUAUCGAAAGUUACGCGAAGGAUGGAACUUUGCCAGCAUCUUCAACUUCUUCAACGAACAAUUUGUACGAUAAUCAUGAUACCAGCCAAGAAAUUCCAGCCUCCGACCAGGAUAGCAAUUUCCUAGAUCAACACCAACAUGACGCCAUGUCCUACUACGAACUGCCGUCCAAGGCCUACACGCGUCCCAACACGCUGCACUGGAUUUCCCCGCUGCACAUCCGGUUUGCGCACGACUCCGUGCACCAAAAAUUUGCGGACUGCGACGACUGGCGGACCGGGGUGCAUCUGCAGGACCAGGGAAUUUUGGACACCAUGGAGGAGGUGUUGGAUUGUGACAACCAGGGAAAACUGCCCAAGACACUCGAUUGCCUGGAGGUGUGCUGGGAUCCACGGUUUGGGGAGUCAUGCAAGGCCACGUCCGCUUCUAGUGGUGGCUAUGGAAGUUCGUCUUGUGAUGUCACCAGCAGCAACAUCCUCUUCGUGGCGGGAACGGGGAACCGCCGCCUCGCGAUGUGGCGGAUGCUGGCCAUCUUUCGGCCGGAACGGUUUGCGCGGAUUCUGGUAAAGCUCGUGUCCGUGGAGAAGAAAUUCGAAAAGUCCGAGGCGUUUCGCAACAAAUUUACCACGUUUUGCGACGGGAAAUACGUGCAAAUCAGGAAUGUGGUCGGGAAUCGCUACUGUCAGACCAACAAUACCGCGGCUAAUAACAACUCCUAUUCCUGGCCGGCCAUUGUGGGCAGAGCGAAACGGGGAGAGAAAGGGUUUGAAGAAGAUUAUUUGCAGAAGGAGCCGGGAGUCACAUGGGAUGAGGCGGUGAAACUGAUUGAAUUGAAAUCGAAAAGGACGAAAUAGUGCUGCGGUAUGGAAAGACAAACUACAUAGCAGAAACUGCACUGCAAAAAAUAGAACGAAGCAAAAAAUAAAGAAAAUCCAAAAUGAAGCUUGAGCAAAUCAAAAAGAUCUUGUUACCUUCCUACACGACCUGCAGGGAUUGUCAUACCUGAAAUGAACGUUCUUGUCAAUGAUGAUUUUUGAUCUUUACCUGUCGCGAAUUAUCUCAAGUUAUCAUGUGUUGAGUUAUGGAUUGCAAUUGUUUGAUUCAAAGAUUAUAUGAUUCUGGAUUGAAUCAAAUGGAUCUUUAA